AUGGAAUCUCCAAUUACUAAAGAGACGCAACGAGCCGACGAAGCAGGACCGACGAAAGAAAUCUCCGCUAUUUCGCUGCAAAUGAGAAUUCCGAAGUUCUGGCGCGACCGAGUACGACUAUGGUUCAUAAGUUUCGAAGCUGUCACCCACGAGCUGAAGAAAGGCCAGAAGGAGCUUGCCCAGAUGGUCGUCGCUCAACUUGAAAAACACGACAUUGAGCAAGUCGCUGAUCUCCUCUACCAUAUGCCUGACGAGAAGCCAUACGACGCCCUGAAAGCCCGUCUUAUCUCCGUCUACGAGGAAUCCGAAGAGCGCCAACUGCAACAGCUGCUUUCCGAAAUGGAAUUAGGCGAUCAGAAACCUACUCACCUGCUAAGGAAAAUGAAAGAGCUGGCGCACAACAAGAUUUCCGACGACACACUGCGCAUGAUGUGGAUGAACCUCCUACCAUCCCAUGUCCGUUCCGUACUAGUUGUCAGUGACAGUUUCAGAAGCAAGUCGAAACUAGACGCACUCGCACUCCUUGUGAAACACUAG